CACAUUGCCGCAAUUUCAAAUCAAACACAUCGUCCUCAAAACCCCCCGCAUAGCCCACCGCUCUCUCCCCCCGAAUCGACGCGACCUCGCGAAUCCCUCGCCGCCACAACCCUAGGAAGCUUCUAGAACCCCGGGGACACCCGCGGCCGCCGAGAUGAUUCUCCGGACUCCACAGCAGCGGAAGCGGCGCGCCGACUCCGAUGCCGACGCCGACCUAGCCGCCGCCGCCGCCGCCACCUCCGGCCGGAGCCCCGUCUCCGACCGCCGCCUCGUGCUCUACGACCGCCCCACCGACCUCGUCGCCGCCGCCGCCGCCUCUGGGGCCCCCUCCGAUGACAUGGUCUGCACGUACCACUGCCGUCAGAUGGUGAAAUCGGAGUUCAUGGUGGCGCUGCAUACCGCGGACAACCAAGUUCAUGAGUAUCGAGUAUUACUUGAUACCCUGGAGAAACAGUUAUCCAAGAGUGAGGAUGAAAGGGCUGCGUACCAGGAUAAAUUGAACUAUGUUGAACAAGAACUAGCAGCAACAAAAGGGCGAGAGAGUGCAUUGCAAGAACGGCUAUUGAAGGAUCUGGGCGACUAUCAGGAGCGAUACCGUGAUCAAGUCAAGAAAAUAGGGGAACUUGAGGUUCAACUCAAUAAAGAGAUUGAUUCUCGAAUUAAUGCUGAAUCAUCAUCAGCAUCUGCAAAGGAGUCGGUCAAAGAGUUGGAACGGACUUUACAGAGGUUAUCAGAAAAUUCAGACAGGGAAAAGAAAGCCCUUAAGAAGGAACUUUCUUAUAUGCAAGACGACUCAAAACUAUCUUUUUCAAAACUAAAUGCUGAGCUUGAAAGAACGAGGCUCAGGGCGCAAAACUCUGAGAAUGAAGCAAAGAUGUUAAAUGAGCAGUUGGAGGACUUGAGAAAGCAACUAGAUGAGUCUCUCCGUGGAAAGAAUGAAAUGGAGCACAGGCUAUUGGAUUCUAGUGCUUUGUCUGCUCAGCGUAAUCCAACAGACGAUCAGAAGUUAAUAAGACUUUUGCAAGAGGAACUCCGAAAUUAUGAAAGUGAAGUGCAUGAAGCUAGAAGAUUAAAAUCUUCCCGCACAAAUGUUGAGCUACUAAAUGAAAAACUGUUGGAGGAGCAGGGGCGAAGGGAACGAGCCGAAACAGAACUAUCUAAGCUGCAAGAAAUCGAAGCUAAAGCACAUAAGUUGGAGCUUGAAUUAGCAUCAUGUACAUCACUACUCAGCAACAUACCUGACGUGUCUUCUUACAGCAACAUUGCAGAUUUGCAACGACAAGCAUUGGCAGACUUAAACAAACUUGGUGAAGUAACAUCACGUUUGAAAGAAUUGGAGGUUACAUUGGAAUUUACCGAGAUCAGCAAGCAACGUGCAGAAGGUGAAGCUACCCAUGCCAAAGAGAGAGCUGAAAAUGCUACUAGGGAGGUCAAGCGAGUUGAACUUCUGCUUACUGCAGUCAGUGAAGAAAGAGAUAGAUUAAGAAAGGACCAUGCUAUGUCGACUAGCCAAAAACCUAUAGGUGGAGAUGACACAUCAUCCAAGAAUAUGGAGUCAGGUCUAUUGCAAAUGGAAAAGGCAGUAAGAGAACUAGAGAGCACUGUACACGAGCAGAGAGAACUAAUUAGUCAACAACAUGCUGAGCUCAAUCUGCUGAAUGAAAAAUUGAGCAUUGAAGCAAGAAAAGCAAAAUCUUUGGAGCGAGAAGGAGAUCAACUGCGCUCUCAGGUGGCAUUACUUGAGUCAAAGCUGGGUCAUGGAGAUUACUCUGCCUCAAGCACAAAAGUACUUCGUAUGGUAAACACUCUUGCCGUGGAGAGUGAAGCAAAGCAGAUGAUAGAGGCACUGCAAGCUGAGCUAAAGAAAACAAAAGAGAGGCUGCAGGCAGUUGAAGAACUAAAAGGACAAGCUGAUGCUGGAACUGUAGUAGAUGCAAAUAUCGCUGAGAAGCUAGCACAACUUAAAAGUCAAAUUGCGACACUAGAGAAACGUGAAGAAAGAUACAAGGCAGUUUUUUCAGAGAGGAUUUCAGUCUUCCGAAAGGCUUGCUGCUCGCUCUUCGGUUAUCAGAUAGUGAUGAAUGACCAACAGCAGCCCAAUGGGAUCCAUGUGACACGUUUUAUUCUGCAAUCAGUAUAUGCCCAAAGUGAUGAUGAAAAACUUGAGUUUGUCUACGAAUCAGGAAGCACCAAUAUUGUGGCAAAUGGCUACACGUCCCAGCAAGAGAUUGCACAGCAGGUUGAGGUUUUCAUAAAAAAGAUGAAUUCCAUCCCGGCCUUCACUGCUAACCUGACAAUGGAAUCCUUCAACAAGAGAAGCAUAUGCUGAAGACAAGAAUUGAGCGAGGAACAACAUAGUGAUGUAACUGUUCGCAGCAUCUCCAUCAAAUUGUAAUGUUGUAGCAGAACAGAUCCGUAUUCAGGCGGGCACCCCAGAACCUACCUAGAAAUCUGAUGACAAUGAGAAAAUGGAAACUGGGGUUAAGAUGAUGCAGCUGGUGAUGAAGGAGAUCAUGUGAAGGCAUGGCUGGAGAGUGAACAAUCUGCUGGAAUGUGGACCAGUUUAAGUUUGCUGUAGAAGUUUGUUUCAAUUUCUGAGAUUCUGAUGUGUUCUGUUCAUGUCCCAGCCUGCUUUUCGCUGGUAGCUGAUGGUUUUGGGUGCUGUAUGCCUUUAUAUUUGAGACUUUAGAACUUCCAAGCGUACUUUGUAGUGUGGUUUCUUUAUAUAAAAUCGGGAGCACUGGAACUGGAUGCCCCUUGAUCCAAAAAA